AUGCCACAACCAUCGACUUCGAGUAAUGGAGAAAGUUUAGCACUUCAAUGCGCCAAUUGCGGUAGCACAAGAACACCUCUUUGGCGUAGAGGGCCGGAUGGAAAUACGCUUUGCAAUGCAUGUGGAUUGCACUUUAAAACCCACAAUAGCCUUCGUGCACCGCCCGAACCAUCAUCAAUUCAUCAUUCCAAUGGCGUGUUUCAACGCGAUGAUGCAUCGGGAAUAGGUCUGAAAUGCACAAAUUGUGGAACAACCACAACGCCGCUUUGGCGUCGUGAUGAUGACGGGAAUAAUAUCUGUAAUGCUUGUGGAUUAUAUCAAAAGUUACACGGAACCCAAAGACCAAUCGGAAUGCGAAAGACGGUGAUCAAACGUAGAAAGCGUAUUCCUGCU